AUGAUCGAUCAUUCUUGUAAUAAUUCACUUUACGUCGGUGAUCUCCAUCCAGCCGUAACAGAUCCGAUGCUUUUUGCAAUAUUUUCUAGCAUCGGUAGGAUCGAAAGUGCACGAGUGAACCCUGAUGCUACUGGUCGGUCCCCCCACGCAUACGGCGUUGUCAAAUUCGAAAGUCACCAGGAUGCAAAGCGUGCUCUUGAGAAACUAAAUUAUGCUGAACUCAUGGGUCGUCCGAUGCGUGUUAUGUGGUAUGAACCAGAUCCUUCGGUACGAGAGGCUGGAAGGGGCAAUAUAUUCAUAAAAAAAUUAGACAAAGUGAUUAGCCAGCAGGACUUGUACGUAACUUUCAAUCAGUUUGGAAAGAUCCUUUCCUGCAAGAUAGCCCAUAAUGGGGAAGGUGCUUCCAAAGGCUUUGGUUUCGUCCAUUUCGAAGAUGAGGAAUGCGCUAAAAGAGCUAUCAAAGCAACCAAUGGAAAGAUGAUAAGUGACCAAAUUGUUUAUACAGGAAAUUUCAUUACAAAAGACGAGCGCAAAGACCUCAAAGCAAAAUCUAAAUUCACCAAUUGUUACAUCAAGAACUUUAGUAAUGAUUUGGACGACGAAGGCCUUACAAAACUCUUUGAAGAAUUUGGUGAAAUAACGAGUGCACGCAUUAUGAAGGAUGAUCAAGGCAAUUCGAGGUGCUUCGGUUUCGUUUGCUUCUCUAAUCCUGACAGUGCUGAAGCAGCAGUGGACGCUUUGAAUGACAAAGAGAUCAACGGUCUAAAGAUCUACGUGUGCAAAGCACAAACAAAGACAGAACGUCAGGAAUUUCUGCACAAAGAAUAUGUAGAGCGACAGAAUAAAGGAUUGCCAAAAGAUGGCGUCUUUGUUAAAAAUCUUGAUGAUACAAUUGAUGAUGCCCGCUUAAAGGAGCUUUUCAGUAAAUACGGUAACGUUACCGGCGCGAAAGUUAUGUUGAAUGAAGAUGGUACAUCAAAAGGUUUCGGUUACGUUGGGUUCUCAAAAUUGGAAGAAGCUAGAGAGGCAGCAAAACUAAAUGGUUCUCUUGUUGGAUCGAAACCAUUGUACGUUGCCUUGAUCAAGUCCAGUUCAGACAGUGAUAAAGUGGUCACGUCUGAACAGCAGCAGGGAGUAGACUAUCGUCAAAAGUUUGCCAACAUUUACUCUGCACCCCUAACCGUUUGUGGCCGAGUACCCCCCAACACCUCACACCUUUUGUACGCGGCAAAUGCAUCCAUGAGCCCGCAUCUACGAUUGAAUCAAGGCAUUGCUGGAUCUCACAUUCAAUUAGGAUAUCCCAGAAUCGUAGCUGCUUCUCCUUACCUUAGGGGUGCUAUGCCUGUGAUUUUAGGACAAAGUCACCGGUCUACUUCUUUUCGUCCCAUAAAUCAUGCAUUCGGAGGAUCAGUAGGUGCCCAACAACUGAUGCUUAACCCACUGACUACCUGCAUGCCUGGUCUUUCAGCUGGUGUGGUUGGUGGACAACAGUAUUGGCCCCAACAGACUUGCAUGACAUAUCGAACGCUGGGUGCCGGUGAAUCAGUACCUCAUCAAACCAUUGAUCCUACGUCUGCUGACAAUAUGCCUAAUCCCCACGAUCAACCAAAUGUGCAAAUUCAAGAAACGCCUGCAUCGACUAAUCCCGUUCCUGAAGAGCAGACACCCGAAGCGGAACAACAUGGAGCAGCAUCUUCUUCUUCUUCUGAUCAACAUGAAGCUUCUUUUAGUUGUGAUGCUGGAAUGAGGCGUGAAAGCAAUGAAUUAACUUCGGCUGAGCGUCAA